AUUCCACCACCGCCCGUCCUCCGUUGUUUCAAUAUCCAGUUAAUCAACAUUUGUGGUAUUUUUUUUCCCCACCAGUUGUUCUUCGAGUCGAACCCCACCCCAGCAGGUUUACUCCUGCGGUUGACCGGGAGCAAACUAUCUCCCGAAUUACCCUUUAUUCCUCGAUUCCGCUUCUUUGGUGGUCGCUAAUCCCACUUCCGUAGCUUUAGAGUGGCCAUCCGUGGUAGCCUAAUGAUACAGUAGAUUUGAGGAUUGUGGGAGGUUCGUUCUUGGCGGUAGAGAGGUUUUUAGGAUUGUCAGUUGCGGUUCGUGUUGGCGGAGGGUGUUUUGUUUGUUUGAGAGUCUUCUGAGAUUAGGUUUCUGAUAUAGAGAGUUGUAGCGUUGAUGGCAGCUGCGAUGGCCAGCUGCCGGGUUCUCGGGGGCGCGGAAGGCGUUGCGCUGCUGCCACUGCAGAUUCAGUCUAUUGAGGGCAAAAGGCCUGGGAGGUGCAAUGCGAGGUUUGUGGGUGGGAAGUUUGGAAGUUGCUUGACAAUUGGGCGGAAGAGGACCGCUGUGGUGCAAUCGGAGUUUGUUACUGCGACCCUGGCUUCUCGGCUUUCCCAGCUGCAAUAUUCAUCAGCUGCAAGAGACUCUUCACACUGGAGGCAAAAUGUUUAUCUGAAAAAUAUCUUCACCAACGAUUUCUGCUCAACUGAGAAUGACGGAUUGACUGGUGGGGCAGCAGGUGAAGAUGCAAUUUCAAACAGUGCAUUGGUAGGUCUUCUCGCCCUGCCUGCCUUGGCGGGGUUCCCUGGUACAGCAAAUGCUUCCGUCUUUGAACCAAACAUGGCAUACGGCGAGGUUGGUGCUGGUUUGGAAUUCGGAGUGCAGUUGAUCUACUUGGGAGCUUUGUUAUCUCUGCUGGCGGCUGGUAGUUUCUUGGUGGUUCGUCAAGUUCUCAUCCGCCGUGAGUUAGAGUCUGCGGCCAAAGAUUUGCAGGAUCGAGUGCGUAGUGGAGAGGCUUCUUCAGAGGAAUUCUUUGAGCUAGGAGCUGUUAUGCUGCGAAAGAAGUACUAUGUGCUUGCAAACAAGUAUCUGGAGCAAGCUAUCAAGAAAUGGGAUGGUGAUGAAGCCGACUUGGCGCAGGUGUACAAUGCGUUGGGCUUCAGCUAUUUCAGCGACGACAAGCUCGAUGCGUCCAUCAGCCAGUACGAGAAGGCAGUGACGCUUCAACCUGGGUAUGUGACUGCAUGGAACAACCUAGGAAAUGCGUAUGAAGUGAAAAAGGAUUUCCAGAAAGCCCUGAAAGCUUACGAGGAAGCCUUGCAAUUCGAUCCUAGUAACAAGAUUGCUCAGCGACAACGUGAUGCUAUGAAGGAGCGGGUGACUCGGUUCCGAGGAAUCCCUGCCAAAGAUUGACCUGUGCCACGUCUCUGUGUCUGGAGAUCCUUAGAUUAGCGAGGUUUGCUUUGUAGUUCCACUCUCGGCCACCGGCCUGUGUCAUCGGCAAAUCCCAUCUGCUGUACCGCUCUAGCAACCACCUUUUCUGCUAAGAAAUAUCUUCUGGGCAGUGUGGGCAACGUGAGUAGAGUAGGUAGUACCUUGAAGGCACUUGAAACUGUGGGGAAGGCGGCCACUCAAGUUCUUUCGAGGCAAGACUGUUUUUUGUGUCUUGAAAGGUGUACAAUUUUGUAAGCAUGGUAUGGACUAGACUAAUCUCAAAGAAUUCCUCUGAAUAUGCUUUUCACAGGCGCA